GCCACCUGUAGCGGAUCUCUAUCCUCCAAAGGAAAUACACCUCCGAAAGCCACCGAGUUAACGGACCUAAAGCUCUUGACACGGAAGACGUCUUCUGUUUUCUUUCUUUAUUGCAUUAUCAGUAACUUUCAUUAUUAUUAUUAUUAUUUGUAUGAACGACAUUUUAAUAGAGAACUAUGUUACUGACGCGUCGACUAUUCCUCUUAAUAAUAAUCUCAACUUCAGCUGUAAUAGGCACAUCCACUGUGAGCACAGAUUCAUCCAAUAAUUCGACAGACAGCCCAAUCAAUGCUUCCUCUACUGCUACUGUUGCAGUAACAAGCAUUCCAUCUGAGAAUACAACUGCACCAUUCACAAACAAUGCCACCACCCCACUGAUGUCGACGCAUGCUGGUAAUGGCACAUCUCCACCUUUAUCUACUCAAGGCAACGUGUCAGGCUUGUCUACAGUUGCACCAGAAAAGGCUACCAGUUCAUCAGUGAGUACACCAGGAAAUGCCACAGUUUCACCUGCACCUGUAACAACAGCAGUGGCCAAUUCCACAAGUCCAGUUGUACCUACACUCGAGAAUGCUACAAACCAUCCUGUAACUUCACCAGGCAAUGCCACAACUACUCCUUUACCUGAACCAGGCAACAGCACAACCCCACCCCAAACUACAAGAGCCAAUGACACUACUCCUCCCAUUAGCACACCAAGCAACAGCACAACUUCACCAAUUACAACACCAAGCUAUGUAACAGUUACAACACAGACUACAACAGGUAAUGUUACAACAGCAAACAUUGCAACAACUCCACGCUUAACCACAGAUAUUUCAAACAUAACUACACCAAAUGCUACUGCACCACCCCUAACUACAACAGUAAAUGCUACUGCACCAUCCCUAACUACAACAGUAAAUGCUACUGCACCACCCCUGACUACAACAGUAAAUGCUACUGCACCACAACUAACUACAACAGUAAAUGCUACUGCACCACCCCUAACUACAACAGUAAAUGCUACUGCACCACAACUAACUACAACAGUAAAUGCUACUGCACCAUCCCUAUCUACACUAGUAAAUGCUACUUCACUACCCCUAACUACAACAGAAAAUGCUACUGCACCACAACUAACUACACCAGUAAAUGCUACUGCACCACCCCUAACUACAACAGUAAAUGCUACUGCACCAUCCCUAUCUACACUAGUAAAUGCUACUGCACCACCCCUAACUACAACAGAAAAUGCUACUGCACCACAACUAACUACACCAGUAAAUGCUACUGCACCACCCCUAACUACAACAGUAAAUGCUACUGCACCACCCCUAACUACAACAGUAAAUGUUACAGCACCACCCCUAACUACACCAGUAAAUGCUACAGCAGCACCUCCAACAACACCAGUAAAUGCUUCUGCACCACCCCUAACUACACCAGUAAAUGCUACCACACCAUCUCUAACUACACCAGAGAAUAAUGCAACUGUAAACAUUAUCACACCACCCAUAACAACUCCUGGGAAUAAUACAAUAGUAUAUGUUACCACACCACCCAUGACUACACCAGUAAAUGCUACUACAACACCUCUAGCUACACCAGAGAACAAUGCCACAAUAAACACUACCACACCACCCAUCACUUAUCCAGUAAAUACUACCACUCCACCUCUAAUUACACCAGGAAACAAUGCAACAGGGAAUGCCACCACACCACCCACCACUACACCAGUAAAUGCUACAACACCAACCAUAACUACACCAGCAAAUGCUACUACACCACCUCUAACUACACCAGGGAGCAACGCAACAGUAAACGCUACCACACCACCCAUAGCUACAACAGGAAAUACUACAACAGGGAAUGCUACCCAACCAACUCAGUCUACACCAGGAAAUGCUACUACACCAUCCAUAACCAACUCAACGACUGGACCCACUGUUUCUACUACUAACCCAACUAACACUGCAACCGCACCAGCUACCUGUCCUGCAGUGACCUGCCCACCACUCAGUGUCUGUGUGAACUCCAUCUGUCAGUGUGUGACAGGAACUAUUCCUUUAAAUAAUGCCUGUGUGGAAACUAAAACCUUCCCUAGUACACUGCGGGUGAACCUCACUUUUGUAGAGGCUAUGAACAAUCCACAAUCACCUGAAUUUCAGAAAAUUGCUAAAGAGAUCAUUGUUGUGGUAAAUGAAGCUCUGCGUAACCAGUCAAACUACAUUAGCAGCACAACACUUCUCUCUUACACAUUUGUAUCAUAUUUGCAGAAUACUAAUCUCUAUGUAAAUACUUACAGGUCUGGCAGUGUAGUGGCCACUGUAAACAGUUUUUUUGAGCCCAAUUCUCCAGUCACACAGGCAUUGGUUACAUCUGCCAUGAAUACUGCUAUAAGUGAUUGUGAGAAGACAAACUGUGGCAUUCUUGCUAAUGCCCAAUACAUUGCAACCAAUUUGUGUGACCAAAAUCCUCCUCCUUGUGAUACUAACACUACAUUGUGUACGGCCAACGAUGGGACACCUAAAUGUACCUGCAAAACUGGCCAUGUAUCUAGCUCUUACCAGCCCAGAAGCUGUACAGUUUGCCCUAGUGGCUACAAAGCGCAGGGGAACACGUGUGUUCGAUGUCCAUUUGGCUAUUCUGGAUUCAACUGUGAUGACUCCUCUUUGUUGGCUCUAGUGGUGGUGGCGUGUGUGUUAGGGGGAAUUCUGCUCAUUGUGAUUUUGGCUGUUCUCAUUUACAUCUGUGUGACUCGUAGCAAUAAGAAGUCAGGCAGCAAUUAUUUCAACAGCCCGUACCCUGCUGAGGAGUUCCAGGCCGCGUGGCCCUCUCAGGGAGUCGCCCGUAUUCCACGUGUCAAUCUGACAUCUAAUUCCAGCAUUGAUGCCACUGGCAACAGUCUAGAGAUGUCUGAAGAGCCAGGAAAGAAAGACUACAGUAAUGGAUUAUCUGGCUCGUUUGACCUCACAACAGAUGGUAUGAGGACCUUUAAGGACAUAAACCCCACACGCUACUCUUAUCUGGUGGGUCAUGAAAACCCCUAUUUCAUACAUGGAGAUGAGAAGAGAUGAAGAAAACAGCAGAGAAAGCCAGUGGACAAGAAAAGAUUGCAAUAGCGCCAUGAAUUAUUAAAAAGGCCUUGGAUCAAAAUGUUUCAUGAAUGUUAACGCUGUCAAAACCAUACAGCUGAUCACAGACUCAAAGUAUAUACACAAACAGCAUUUGAGAGAUACGUUUUUAUAUAUAUAAAUUUUACCGUUUUAAUUCCAAAUUCCUUUCACCCAAGAUAAAAUGCUCACUUCUUAAAAGUGCAUUGAUGAUUGGGUUUUCCUACCACAAGCUUGAUAAACGUGUCCUGUGUAUGACAAUAUGAGAUGAAUGCUUAACCAUUCAUCUUUUUUUCACUUCUUGUUUUGUCUGCACAUUUCAUAUUCAGAGUUUUGUUAUCUGACAGAGAUCAUGCAUGUAUUAAUGUGGUUUUCAACACAAAUUAAUUUAUUAUAAAGGAUGUAAUAUUAAACCAUAUUUUGGCAUAUUUUAUUUAAAUUUCUCAUCUGUGGAAGCAAUAAGGUCAGAAUAUGUAAUGUAAUCCAGUAGUUCUGAUGCAUCUGAUCUAUAUUCUGACAGUAACUGCACUUUGUAGGAGAGAACAUGUAAUGUGUGUGUAUGUGUGUGUGUGUGUUUUAAGAUUUAUCUAUCAGAAAGACAGAACUGGUACAUUCAGUUAUGCAUUUUUGGUUGAUAUCUCCUCCAAAGAAUUAAUUUAUUUUAUGCCAGGACAAUGCAUGCCACUAGAAAUUGAUCUCUGUGCCUGACUGUGAUGUUGUCUUUUGAAUAGGAGAAUUAUGCAAAGAUGAUGAGUAAACAACCAUGUGUCCUUUGUAGUCGUGCCAAUAAUUAUAUUUAUUUAAAACAGAACAUGGCAUUGCUUACUCAGCUGUCUGUUUGCUUCAUAUAUAUAUAUAUAUAUAUAUAUAUAUAUAUAUAUAUAAAAAUAAAUUAUUUAUGUGUAGCUGGGAUAUUUUCUACCUGUACAUAAAGCUUUUGUAAAAAAACAAAAUAAUGCUCCUUGUAUGAAGUGAUUCAUAAUGUUCUGUAUAAUGAAAGGAAAUAAAUUUCUAAAGAUGUAGUUAUCUACAA